GCCAAUUCCCCGCAACCCACCCCACACAUUCUAAGACGCUUCCAGCAGCAUUGACAGCAGCUCAAUGGAAUAUUUUGCGGCCGUCGGAAUAAUGCUGUCCGCUUUAGCCUAUGAAGGAGGUGUGAUGAUGUCGAUAUAAGUUCGGUCGUAUUGUAUGGAGGUAUAUGAAGCUUGGAUAUCCCUCAUCCAAACGCAGUUACGACAUCGACAUCUUCACAAUGCCUGCACUUCGAGCAGCCGCAAUCUCACUUGCAGCCUCUGCUGUGUACGCCUACCCAACGACAGAACCAUCCGGAGCACCAACCAUAAGUUUACCGAAUACUGCAGAAGGUGCCUCGAUCCCACAUAGCAAUUCUUUCGCGUCGUUCUCGUUCGAACCCGCAUUCUGGGUUGAAUUCUUCGGCAAUGCCAGCAAUCCGAACAAGCUCACCUUUAGCGUUUUGGAUAGGAUCCACGAACAUGGCGGAAGACCGGUAAUACGGCCUGGCGGUAUCACCAUGGACAGUAUGGUUUUCGACAAAGAAGGCGGCGACGUAGUGCGUACUACCAGCCCAGAAGGCGGAGUAUGGCGAACCACUGUUGGACCAAACUACUACAAAAGUUGGAGUAAUUUCCCCAACGGCACCAAAUUCAUUUCAACCCUCAAUUUCGGCAAUGAGAGUUUGGACAUUUCUACUGGCCUUGCAGUCGCAUCACUUACGUAUCAGUCUGACAAGGUUGCAUAUUUGGAACUAGGAAACGAGCCGACCAAUUAUAAAGAAAGUCGGUGGAAUGACUCGACAGCGGCCUAUGUGCAGGAAUGGAAGCAGUACACAGCUAGCAUCGAUGCUGCGUUGGAUGCAUUGAACAGUUCAGAUCUGCCUCAAGAGCGCUGGUGGGCAUCUUCCGCAACUACAGAUGACUCAGGCCUAGAAGUUCGACCUGCUGCGCUCAUUCCAGCAGGUAUUGACUCGGAAGAUCAAGUUGGCAUCUACUCAAUACAUUCGUAUGCCUUCUCAACCUGCGAUCCCAAACGCGCAGCUCUGGCUACCAUCGAAAACAUCCUCAAUCACACCGAACUCACACGCUACUGCGAUGAAGAAAUCUACCCAUCUGCUCGCGCUGCUCUAGAUGCAGGGAAUAGAUGGAACAUUGGCGAGUUCAACUCUGUGUCUUGCUCUGGAGCACCAAAUGUUACCGAUACAUUCGCGCAAGCACUUUGGGUCGUGGAUAGUGAACUUAUCUACGCGACACGAAAUGCCACUUCUACGCAUCUACACCAAGGGGCUACACUCGCUCUUCAAUCAAACGAACAACUCAAUACACCUGGGGCAAAUGGUAGCCCAGGCUUCAGCACUUACUCCAUGCUAUACCCCCGCGACAGCGACUUGAGAGGUCCGGCACGUACUUUGCCGUCUUUCGUUGCGCAGCUCUUCAUGGCUGAGGCUUUCGCUGUGCCUGACACUCGUGUGCGCGCUCUCGAGCCUCCAGCUGGUGUUGAUUCAGAGUCUUUCUCUGCGUAUGCUUUCUAUGUGGAAGAUCACCUGGCCAAGCUUGCUCUUGUCAACAUGAAACCUUACUAUGCCAAUUCAACUGAGGACUUUUCGGUUCGCGUUGAUUUGUCAGAAGCCGUCAGUUCCGGUGGCGGAUGUUUGGGUGUGAAACGGUUGACGGCGCCUUUUGUAAACACUGGUAACAGUUCGUUAGUGUCGUGGGCUGGACAAUCUUUCCCUCAGGGUGAGGCGAUAGGCAAGGCAGUAGUCGAAGCAGUCGGGGAGGAUAAUGUGGUGGACGUCAGAGGAAGCGAAGCAGUACUCGCGUUCUUCGAUAAGAACGACGCAUACGGUUUGUAGGUCUCAUAACCUGCACGGUGCUUCCAGCAUUGAUGCAACAGUGUAAUUAUUGCGGCAGCAAUAUACCCUAGACCUGCCCCAAGAGCUAUCGUAGCCUCGCCAAUAAAUCCUUCUUUCAGCUCUUCUUCUGUUAGAGGUCCGGUAUCUGCCGCAAUCGAGACCUCCGUUGAUCAUGGUGUUGCUGUUGGUACGGCAAUAUGUGUUUGCAGUAACGUCGAUAUCAGUGUUUGUUGGAAGCGUGGAUGAAAUAAAUUCGGU